AUGGUGCAGACGUCGUCGUCGUCGUCCUCCUCCUCCUCCCCCGCACUCUCGGACCUCAUCUUCCCCACGGCCGCCGGCCACAACUUCUCCCACAUCCUGACGGACCUCAAGCGCGCCAACCUGUCCAUCGCGAACCGGCUGCGGUCCAUCGCGCAGGACGCCGACUUCGUGGCCGAGGCCGCCGCGUGCUUCGGCGGCCGGCCCCUCGUCGCCAACGAGCGCUGCGGCAGCUGGUACGUCCGCCCCGCCGACAAGCGCGCGAGCGCCUACUUCAAGAGCACCGACGGCCACACCAACGCCUGGAAGUUCAGCACCCGCCGCCUGAACCUGCACCUGCUCGAGCUCAUCGGGGAGCAUGAUGGAUGCAUCAUCGUCGACUCAACACGCCGAGGCAAGAGAAUGCCCGACGCGCUGAGCAAGACCAUUCCCGUCUGGUGCGCCGUCCUCAACAUGGCCCUCUUCCCGGACCUCCCGCACGCCGACCGCCUCUUCACCCCGCCCAACGUCGUCUCGGCCUCGGAGCACGCCCAGAUCGCCGCCCUCCUGCCCUCCUUCCUCGCCGCUCUGCGGGCCCUCGAGAUCGACCCGGCCCCGCUGCGUGCGCGCCUCGCCAAGCCCCUGCGGCCCUUCUGGGUGACGCAGGAGACGCAGCUCUCGCCCGCCGCUGCCGCCGCCGGCGCCGUCUUCGACGACUACCACCCCGUCAUCUGCUGCACCGCCUCGCGCCGCGUCGCCGGCGCCGAGAUGAGCGAGGCCGGCUACAUCCAGGGCGCCGGCGACGACACGGAGAACUGGGCCCUGGGGCUCACGGCCGAGCUCUUCUGGGAGCACGCCGGCGCCCUGCUCUCCGCGCCCGAGGCCGACCUCCCGGACGCCGUCGCGGCGCUCGUAGCGGAGCGGAAACGCAACGCCCCGCGCGGCGUGCCGGCGAAGCGCGUGGCGCCGCGGAUCCUCGUCCGCCCGCUGCCCCUGGAAGAGGACGAAACGAGUGUAGUGACGUACACGUUGGUCGCCAGCCGCAACCUCCGACAGGCGCUGCCGGACAUCUGCGCCUUCGUCGCCCGCCACCUCGGCGCGCACCGCGACGCCGACGUGGUCAUCGCCUGCGAGUCCGGCAGGGACUUGUCCAUCGGCGCCGCGCUGGCCGUCUACUGCUGGUGCUUCGAUCAGGACGGCGGGUACCGCGUGGCGGACGCCAGCACCUUCUUCAACAAGGACAUGAUCCGCGUCCGGCUCGGCACCAUCAUGACGGCCUUUCCCGAGGCCAACGCCAACCGGGCGACGUUGCAGAGCGUCAACAGCUUUCUCAUGGACCACCGGAGGUGA